GCGGAGCCGGUCUCCCCGGCUUACGUAAGGCGCGAGUCCCGCGCGGCCGGCUGGGGCUCGGAGUGGGGGCGGGCGGAGGCGGCGCCGCCCAGCGGGAUCCGGGCUGGAAGCCUCGCGGAGCGCCGCGUCCCAGCCGAGGGGCGCCCGGAGAGUCCCCGCGCGAGCGGAGAGUGUCAGAGGCUGAAGCAGCAGCAACAAAGUUCCCGGGGCUUCUCCGAGGCUGCUGUCCGGGUUGCCUGUUUGGCCGCCCCCUCCCUGCCUGGCGAAGGCAAUGGCUUCCAAACUCCUGCGCGCGGUCAUCCUUGGGCCGCCGGGCUCGGGCAAGGGCACCGUGUGCCAGAGGAUCGCUCAGAGCUUUGGCCUCCAGCAUCUCUCCAGCGGCCACUUCUUGAGGGAGAACAUCAAAGCCAACACCGAAGUUGGUGAUAUGGCAAAGCAGUACAUAGAGAAAGGUCUUUUGGUUCCGGAUCAUGUCAUCACACGCGUCAUGAUGUCGGAGCUGGAGAACAGGCGCAGCCAGCACUGGCUACUAGAUGGUUUUCCUAGGACAUUAGUUCAGGCUGAAGCCCUGGACAAAAUCUGUGAGCUGGAUCUAGUGAUCACUUUGAAUAUUCCGUUUGAAACACUCAAAGAUCGUCUCCGCCGACGCUGGAUUCACCCUCCCAGUGGAAGAGUAUAUAACCUGGACUUCAACCCACCUCACGUACAUGGGAUUGAUGACGUCACGGGUGAACCGUUAGUCCAGCAGGAGGAUGAUAAACCCGAAGCCGUGGCUGCCAGGCUAAGACAGUACAAGGAUGUGGCAAAGCCCGUCAUUGAAUUGUACAAGAGCCGAGGAGUGCUUCACCAGUUUUCUGGGACGGAGACUAACAAAAUCUGGCCCUAUGUUUACACGCUUUUCUCGAACAAGAUCACGCCUAUUCAGUCCAAAGAAGCAUACUGAGCCCGCCCAGUGGAAGAACCAGGAAAAUGUUGUUCAUUCAGUUGUAUGUGUAGUAUUUGGGUGCCGUGUCCAAGUUAGAAGCUAGUGGGGAUAGCUUGCAGCGUUUUUUCUAGUUUAAGUGGUGAACCGAAAUGAAAACGAAUGAGUAGAAAGCAUCCCUGAAGAGGCCCCUCUCUGCCUUUCACGAGAAGGAUCACCUACACACGUCUAAGAAGCCUGUGCACGUCUCAAGCCCUUCACGAGGAAGCAAGUACCGGCUGCACUUCCAGCGGCGUCUAACCCAAACUCUAGCUGAUUUCUGACCGUCCUGUUGUUGCAGUAGUAGCCUUUUCACACGUGACGGUGUCGGCCUCGGGUUCCCUCUGUCCCCCGAAGGCUGUUGAACCACAGCACCAGGAGGCCUUGUCCCAAGUUCUCUGGUAUGUGCCCUUCCUGGUGACCAUGCAGUGAAGCCAGUUGCUCUUAGUUCUUGCUUCCCUGGGCUUGAGUAAGUGUCCACAAUUUAUUUUUUCUUUCUCUGCAUCCAUGCUCCAUAGAAUCUCUCCUUUGCAGACAUCCUGGAAUGAACGGAUUUGGCUUCUCUAUUUUUAUUAGACUGUAUUUUUUUUACAUCUGUUUUCUCCCUCCCGUAGGCUAUGAAGUAAUACAGAGAGUUACUGCUUUGAUCCCUCUCAGCAAGGGGAGGGUGUCCAUUCGCUUCCUGCACUGGGAACUGAGCUCUGCAGAGGGUCUCCUUAAUGCUGCUGGGCUGCUGGGCUGACUCUCGUGGGUUGACACUGCCCUUUUCUUUUAUUGUGAAAAAAUAAAAUCCUCAAAGUCUUUGGGAGUCUUCAAAAAAAUGGGAGAUACUUACCUACAUAAAAUGUUAAAGGAUCAUAUCUUGUGUAUAGCAGUCAUAUGACCCUAUGAAAUUACUGCACUAAAGGAAUAGUUUAGCUUUUUAUUCAAGACAAAAAAAUAUAUUUUGAAAUGCUGCUAAAUAUUGAUGCUGACAGUGUUGUUCUCCUGUGAGUGACCCAAGCAUAUUAUAAAUAGUUGGUAAAGGGAAUGGAGCCUGUGGGUUGAGGAAAAUGUUGCACUUGUGCCCAGGCUGAGUACGGCAGCUUUAUGAUUAUGGGAAAACAGAUUCUUAAAACUUUUUUUCUAUUCCAAAGAUGCUUUUCUAUGGGGUGGCCACUAAGUCUAGAAAUAUAGACAAUACAAUUUUGUCAUUCUUUGUAAUGUAAUAUCAAUAAACCAUUUAUUAAAAGAUUUUCCUGGUUUCCAGACUUGGUGGCCACCUAAUGUCAUUUUUGAUCUCCUCUGGGAAGGACAACGAAAUUUAUUCCUGUUGCCUUAAAAAUAAUACCCCUCUUCAUGCAUCGUGAUUGUCCCUAAAGAAGGUCCUUUGGUAUUCCUGGGAGUGACUUCUGUCUAACUCUUCAUACUGGAGAAGAGGGCGGGGAGGAGACUUUUUCAGCAUGCCACUUGUGUUGCAAUGUGUCAAUUUAUUUUCUGAAGAUGUCCAGGCAAAUCUCCAGUCAGUUCCCUGGCACGCGUGUUCUGUAUGGUAAUGAUUGCAUCUUCCUUACAAAUACUGCCCCAUUCUUGGCAGUUCCUCUCUCUCUGUUCCUUCAUGUGAAUGUUCUUGGACUCUCUUAGUGGAAAUAUAGACUGGUCUCCUCCUCAUUCUCUGAAUCACCUCACUGUGUUACUUUUUAGGUUUAUGCAAUGGAAACGCCCAGUUCAGGUCUGUGAAACAUCAGUGCGUAAUACAGACUUCUGAGUGCUUCAGAAGAGCUGUGUGUGCAUGCCAGGUGGUGGGAUCGGGGUGAAAAGACGUGUGGGUAAGGGUCGGUUACCCUUGGGAACCAGGUAUAGAGAAAACAAGUCUGAAACAAGGACAAUGGCACAGUUUAGACUAGGACUGCCGUGGAGACCAUUUCCACAGAUUAGGAAGAGUAGAGAGUUAAGGGUGUUAACGUGGAUUAUCCAAGUAAGGAAAGUAAGUGUGUGCCCUUCAAGAGGCAGACAGAUCUUCACAGCUCUUCCUUUAGUUCCCUUUUUGUUUAACAGACUCCCUUUGGAAUUUUCCAGAGAGGUAUGGGCAGUGGGUGGUCCCCGAUGCCAUGCUCUAGUCCUCCAUCCUUCCCUCCUCUCUUCCAGCAGAAUAGACAGUUCUGGUCAGCGUUGGAGCCUCUCAGUGUCUCAGUGGCAUUUGCUGUUUCUGAGGCAGCCCAGCAAGCAAGGGUCCUGUGCUUGGUGACACCAAAAAAAGAUAAACACCUUUUCCGUGGUCUUUGAAAGGUGAUACUGAUUUCAUGGUUAGUGGCCUAAAAAGUCUAUUUCUGAUUUUCUUCAACAAGCCUCUCUAGUUUUUCCUCCAAUAAUUUUGUAAAAAAAUCUCUUGCAAAUAUUUUGACAAAAGUGAAAGGGAUAUCUUUUCUUGUUUUUCCUUUUACUGCCACACAUACGGUUCCUUUAGAGUUAUGCAAGGAAAGUAGUUUGGGUGUCUGUAAGAUUCCUACCUGUCCUCAUAUCCUGUGAUUAUAGUCAGCUGUGAAUUCAUUUUGCUUUCCCUUAUCUGAACAGGCUGCGCACUUACUUAGAACUUGGAAACAUUGCCGUGUGUAAUAUUCUCUUAACACUAAAGGCAGACAUAAAGGAAGUACCAUUCAUUGAAGGCCUUUUGGGUGAUAGAUGCAGUUUAGGACCUUUGCAAACAUCUCAUUUCAUCUUUCAGGCAUCCUUUGAGGUAGGCGUGAUGCCAUGUUUAUAAACAAAGAAGGCAGGGGUCAGAGAUGUGAAGCAUCUUGCCCAGGGGCUUGCCGAGAACUGGUGCAGCCAGGACUCACAUGCAGGCGUCCCUGACUCUGCAGCCCGAGUUGGCUCCUGGAUGUUUACUGUAGCCUAUCCCAGCCAACCCAGGGUGUUGAACCUGCUUGAUUUUGCUAGUAUUUCCAAGUGGCCUCACAUCAAAAGUAACAAAAGUGACAUUCAGCUCUGUAUGGGACUGUUCCUUCUUUUCCCCUUUGCUGAAGCAAAGGGAGCUGCUAGGGGAAGGUCUGAGCCCCUGAUCUUUUACAACUACUUGUUUAUAAAAUGAACGGCUGUUGAAGUAGGCUGGGCUUGGGUCCAAGCUAAUCUGUGGAGUCAGGUUCAUGUUCCUCACCUACCCUUUUGGUGUCUGUGGUGUUGUAACCCAGAAGGGACCUUCACCCUUGAGCCACCCCCAGCUGUCAUGCUCACUGUAGACCUGGGCUGCUUCCCUGAUACCAGAACAAAUCACUCCCUCGCUCUCACCCCCAAACAAGGCCCUGAUAAUAAACUGAUCCUUCCUGAAGUGCUGGCAGGUGAGCAGAAGGUGAUUGAGCCCCUGACAUAGGGGAACCCUCGAUUUUUUGUACCAUCUUCCCUUUAUCACAUUCCACAUCGACCUGAUGCUGAAUGCCAAAUCACACCUUUGCCUGCCGGUCUGCUGUGGUGGCUCUGCUUGGCGUGCACGAUUCUGACGGUAACCAGGGGAGACUGGCUUCCUGGCUUCCCCAGGGGCCCUCCCUGCCACCCUCCAGCAGCCACGCUCACAUGAGCUCCAGCUUUACCCAGGCUCUACCCUCUCUUUGGUAGGGAAGGAAAAAGAAGAGCCAUGGCUGAGGGGGAUUCUGGGAAAGAGGUACUGUCGUGGCUUCUCCCACCACUUAAAAUGUAGUUGAGACAAGAUAGUUGGAGAUAGAAGGGUCCCUGUGCGCGAUCAUAAAUAGGACUUUUAUAAAAUUCAGUUCACUGUCCACUGAUUUCAGUAUUUGACUUUAGUUGUUUAACUGAAAAGCUUUACCAGCCUCUGCUGGAGGUCUGGUUUAAAUCAUACAGACCACAGAUGUCCAGAUGUGUGAAGACAUAGGCAUUCUUAGUAAUUACUGUUGACUGGUACUUCAUGCUAAGCACGUUGUAUGCAUUGUCUAAUUAAAUCCUUGACACUUAACUCUACAUAACAGAUAUUUCAGUUACCCUGCCUCUGUGUGAAAAUGGAAGUCAUCCUGUUUAAAGUUGCGUUUUCAAGUACCUGUAGGGAUGAAUCCGUAAAUUCAAAAGGGCCUUCUGUGUACCUUUUUCUCCUUUGAGCUCUCCAUUCUAAUUAAUAGAUAAAACAGUGUUAUUUGUACCUGGAGUCUGCUUUUGGGCACGCUGGUGCUGAGGUGAGAAGGGCACUCAGUGGGUCCUGGUGGUAGUUGCACACUGUAUAUGCAGAGGGCAUACGUCUCACCCGCACUCUGCUGGGUUGCAGGAUCUCGGGAGACAUUCAUAUCUACCUGAUGAAUUUCAUUUAUUACCUUUUAUUUAAAAGACAGUAUCUUUUCUUGCUGCAGUGAAUUUUGCCAGAGAUGCAAUUUGGAAGGCCAAGUCGUGUUCUUAGUAUGAAUUGCUUUCUUUUCAAUUCCCCUGCAUUUUUAGUAACUCCCUUGUCUUAUUUAGUGUCUCAAAAGAAGAACCUAGCAAUGGACGCUUUUUUUUUUUUUUUAAACGGGAGUGUGGUUUGGUCAUAAGUUAUCAUUCCUUUCCACCUAUAACUGAUCCAGUCUGGUUUCUAGAUGAAAAGUGUGCAAGACCCAGAUGUCGGGAAACCAUGAAGCCAUAUUUCAACCAUGAAGAAAAAUCUGCUUCCUGCAUCUGUUGAAACAUACUAUAAUUACAGUUGUUCAUACAUGCCAUACCUUAUCUUUCUUUUAACAAAUUGCACAAAUCUUGCCAAAAUAAAUGCCAUUAUCUGUGUGCUUCAGGGAAUCCCCCCAAUUUGAUCUCUGUGUGUGUGUAUGUGUGGGUCUGUUUGGGGGGAUGGGGGAGGUAGGGAGAGAGGGAGAUGGAGAGAUGGUAAACCCCUCCAAAAGGAUGAGAACCCUUGGAUGGUGUGGGUAUGCAUUCCUUCCUGGUAAUCAUUAGGCUAUUCCAGGAAACAGCGUCAUUCUGGAAAUAAAAGGUUUCCUGUUUAAAACUUUGCCAAGGAGCAGUGCACCUUGAGAUUCUCCCUGGGCUUGGUGUGUGUCUCAUUCCAUUUCAUAAAACCUUUCUUUGUUUUGAAGCUUUGGCUGUAAAGUCGGAAAUGUACUAAAUAAAAACAAACUAUUUUGUGUUUAAUUCAGAGAAGAGUAAAGGAAAGAAAAAACCUCAGUGUUUAUGUAAGCUUCAAGGAGUUAGGGCUUAGAGGGCUUUUCUAGUUUUAUGAAAAUUUGUACUACUGAUUUUUAUGUAUUCCUGUUUUUGAGAUGAACAGAUCUCUGGGGAAAUUGUUGCAUUACAAUGGCAUUUCACUGUGACUCCUCUCAAGCUCAAAUCUGUUCUCUAGCCAAUGACAAUUUGUCACUUCGGUUUACUGUCCUGUGAAAAGUCAGCUCCAUUUUCCCAGAAGUUGUGUGUUUACGAUGAGUCAUUGCUUCUCCUCAGUGCGAAAGUUGUCAGCCUUCUUGAUUUGGGUGUCUGUGCUUAAUUCAAAGUAUCUAGACCUGUAGUCUAAUCUGUACAUGCUCUCCUAACUGUUAAUUAUGUUAUUGACUAUUUUGAUUAUCUUGCUUGAAGAUUGAUUCCUACUUUUUAAUUUGAUAGAAAUAAAGUUUUUUUUUCUGCUUA